GACCAUUUUACGAAUUUGGUGGGAGUUAUACCUAUACCUGGUGUUGCAGUUGUGAUUUGAAAAUUUAAUUAUAUAGUGACAUUCAAUUGGAUUCAGUAGUCUGUAGUGGAUGAAUCAAGUGCGAAAGUAGUAAUGGUCCAAGCAAGAUGUAACUCAGGGAUGAAUUGGGGAUUGAAUCGAAAGGUGCGGGAGUGGCAAUGGGCAUGUCGACGAGCAGCUGCAGAGGCAGAGCAUUUGCUUUGUGAUUGCUCCAAUCUGAGUCAUCUUGAGCAGACACAAGGGUUCAUGCUUACCAGAGGUCUCGACCAAGACGAUAUCCUCCUGGCCCGAUUUAUACAAACAUCUGCUUCUCUCGGCCUUUCCUCAUACGCCUAUUCUGUUUUCAUGUAUAACCACCGAGCCAGCAUCUUUGUCUACAACAACGUCAUUUGGGCUCUAUCUUCAUCCAACCCCACGCGUGCCAUCUCUCUCUUCAACGCAAUUCGUCUCCUUGGCUUGCGACCCGACUCUUCCUCUUUCCCUUUUGUUUUGAAGUCCGUCGUUUCUUUAUCUGCCCUCCACGUUGGCAAGCAGGUUCAUUCCCAAGCUAUUGUUUCUGGCUUCGAGUCCCACCCCACUGUCCUCACAUCCCUCCUUCACAUGUAUUCUUCAUGCGCUCACGUUUCUUCUGCUCGGAAGCUGUUCGAUGGAGCCACUUUCAAACACGUUUCCCUCUGGACUGCUAUGCUCGCAGCCUAUGCCAAGAUGGGUGACAUGUCCAAUGCCCGCAACUUGUUUGAAUCUAUGCCUGAAAAGGAUAGGAAUGUUGUUUCCUGGACUGCACUUAUUUCAGGAUACGCCCAGACUCAUAGUCCCAGCGCGCUCUUCCGCAUUAUGCUGCUCCAUAAUGUGCAGCCAGAUGAAAUUGCAAUUUUGGCUGUGCUCUCCGCGUGUGCCAGUUUGGGUGCUCUUCACCUGGGGGAGUGGAUUCACUGCUACAUUCAAAAUCAAAAGCAUAAAUUGCGUAAGACUGUCCCUCUUUAUAACUCUCUCAUUCAUAUGUACGCCAAAUCAGGCGACAUAGGUAAAGCACUCCAAGUGUUUGAGAAUAUGAAGCAUAAAACGAUUAUAACGUGGACAACAAUGAUCGCUGGGCUUGCUUUACAUGGUCUUGGAAAUGAGGCCCUUGGUAUGUUUUCUCGCAUGGAGAAGGCGCGAGUAAAGCCAAACGAGGUGACCUUUAUCGCCAUCCUUUCUGCCUGUAGCCAUGUUGGAUUGGUUGAACUGGGUCGUCAUUAUUUCACGUCUAUGAGAUUCCAAUAUGGAAUUGAACCCAAGAUUGAGCAUUAUGGCUGCAUGGUUGAUUUGCUUGGGCGUGCUGGGUAUCUUCGAGAAGCAAAGGAGCUAGUUAGAGUGAUGCCUUGUGAAGCAAAUGAAGCUAUAUGGGGAUCCCUUCUUGCUGCUUCAAAUAGAUAUGGUGAUGCUGAACUAGCAGCGGAAGCUUUGCGUCAUCUGAGACUGUUGGAGCCCCAGAAUAGUGGGAAUUAUUCGCUCUUAUCCAAUACGUAUGCCUCGCUUGGUAGGUGGAAGGAAGCUGGGAUGGUAAGGAAGGUUAUGCGGGAUAUGUGUGUGGAAAAGAUGUCGGGUGUCAGUUUCGUUGAGGUGAACAACAGAGUAUAUGAAUUCAGGGCUGGAGACAAAUUAAACAUCAACUUUGUUCACACAUGUCAUGUCCUACAAAGAAUAAAUGGGCAACUCAUGAGGACAAACAAUUCCGACGAAUGUAAUUAUUAAUAAUACUUUUAAUUAUAUAUAAAUAACUUAGUUUGAUUUGUUGAAC